AUGAUACGAGACAAGAUAGUCUUCACUGUAACCGGUAAGCAACAAGAACUGUUAUUACGAGAGACUACUUUAGACUUAAAGAAAGCUGUAGAAAUAUGCAGAGCCUAUGAGAUCACCUGGAGAAAUAAAAAGGAAAUGAGUGAAAGCAGUCAACUACAGAAGAUUGAGCAGAUAGCUGGCAAGAAAAGCUCAAAGUCUCCAUCAAAACAACAUCCUGAACAACAAAAGAACAGGAAUAACCCUCACAUCCUGAAGGAGUGCAAUUUUUGUGGAAAGUCUCAUGAAGCCAUUAAGACAAAGUGUCCCGCCUGGGGAAAACUCUGUAACCAUUGUAAAGGCAGAAACCAUUUUGAAGUCAAGUGCAAGAAGGUACACACACUAGAGACAAAGAGCAACUCUGAUGAAUCUGAUGACUCCGAUACCAACUGGCUUGCAACUGUGGAAGUUCCCAACAAAACCCGUGCCACUGCUCUGAUGCAAGUAAAUGACUGUGACGUCAGAUUUCAGCUUGACACUGGAGCCGAUGUGAACACACUGUGCCAAAAGUUUGUACGACCAACACAUGUGGAACCCACCACACAGAAAUUAAUCAUGUGGAACAAGUCCAAGGUCAACCCAUUGGGAGAAACUACCUUGAAGAUCACGAACCCAAAGAAUGAAGAAGAAACCGUGGUCGAUUUUAUUGUUGUCCCAAACGAUUAUAGCUGUCUUCUGGGACUGUCAACUAUACAACAAAUGGGACUACUUACAAUCAAUGAUGGCAACUUCAUAGCCCAUAUAAGCACUGACGCUAAUCAGUUAGGAUCGUUGGGAGAAACACAACUACAUGUUGAUCCAAAUGUCCCACCAAGAGCACUUCCAUGUAGGAAACUGCCACUAGCAUUGCAAGAGAAUGUUAAGGAGGAACUUAACCACUUAGUUGAAGCUGGCGUACUGGUGCCUGUGGAAGAACCAACUGCUUGGGUAAGCCAAAUGGCAGUUGUAAAGAAACCAAACGGAUCUUUGAGAAUCUGUAUUGACCCACAACCAUUAAAUGCAGCCCUGCAAAGAGAGCACUACAAGCUACCAACACUAGAUGAUGUUCUACCUAGUUUCAGCCAAGCACGAGUAUUUAGCAAACUCGACGUGAAACAAGCCUACUGGCAUGUCCAACUGGACAAUGAAUCUAGCUUACUCACCACCAUGAUUACACCAUUUGGACGAUACAGAUGGGCCCGGCUCCCAUUUGGGCUCAAGGUCAGCAGUGAGAUAUUUCAAAGAAAGCUCAAUGAGGCACUUGUUGGUCUCAAUGGUGUGAUAUGCAUUGCAGAUGAUCUGGUUGUGUAUGGGAGUGGCAACACAAGAGAAGAAGCUGAUGCUGAUCAUGAGCAGAACCUCCUGGCACUGCAAGAAAGAUGCGCAAAAAAGAGAGUCAAGCUGAAUGAUGAGAAAACUGUCCUGAAGCAGACAGAAAUCAAGUUUAUGGGCCAUCUUAUCACCAAUGAAGGAAUAAAAGCAGACAAGUCAAAGGUAGAGGCUAUCCUUGACAUGCCGGCCCCCACAGAUGUACAUGGAGUGAAGCGGCUAUGUGGAAUGAUUCAGUAUCUGGCCAAGUUUCUGCCCAACCUUGCUGGUGAUUUGCAACCCAUUCGAGAGCUGACCAAGAAGGAUGUGGAGUGGAACUGGUCAACAGAGUGUCAAGAAGCAUUCCAGAAGGUCAAGGAGCUACUAUUGCAAGUAGACAGCAGUAAAGACGGACUCGGAGCAGCACUGAUGCAAGAUGGCAAACCAAUUGAAUACGCCUCAAGAGCACUGACUCCUGCUGAACGGAAUUGGGCACAAAUUGAAAAAGAAACCCUAGCUGUGGUGUUCGGUCUUGAAAGAUUUGACCAAUAUACAUAUGGAAGAAAAGUCAUAGUACAGAAUGACCACAAGCCUCUGACCUCAAUCCUGAAGAAACCUCUGAGCCAGACCCCAAAACGACUACAAGCACUGAUGCUACGAGUUCAUCGCUAUGACAUUGAAUUUCACUACAUUCAAGGAAGUAAACUUGUUAUUGCCGACACCCUCAGCUGA